UAUAAAAAGGUUUGUGUGUAUGUGUAUGUGUGUGUGCGCAUGUGCAUGUGAUGUGCUAUUCAGAUGUUAUUCAGAUGUUGACAAGUAAACCAGAGGGAUUAGAUCACUAACAUGAAGGAUGUAUUAAAACACAAGAAGGAUGGAGUCAUCGUCAACACCAGCCUUGUCUGUGUCAACAGAGCUUAGACACAACAGUUUGAAUACAAGAUCACAAUGGACCUAUUCAACUCUGCUCUUGGCAGAAAUAUCACCUUUAUCCGUCCUGCAUAUUUCAUAAUAAGUGGAUUUAUUGAUAUUCCUUAUAUGCAGUAUUACUAUGUUUUUCUUUGUUUUGUCUAUAUCGCUUCAGUCCUUGGAAACACAGUAGUGAUGGCUGUAAUCUACCUGGAUCAUAGCCUCAGAACUCCUAAAUAUGUUGCAGUUUUUAACCUUGCACUUGUGGAUCUGUUAAGUAGCACUUCUCAGGUGCCGAAGGUGCUCGACAUCUUUUUGUCUAACCACUUUUCCAUCCCCUACAUUGACUGCUUGAUGUUCUUUUUUUUCUGCUAUUCGUUGCUCUCACUUCAGGCUCUUAACCUGCUUGCUCUCUCCUACGACCGGGUGGUGGCUAUCAUGUAUCCUCUGCACUAUCAAAGAAAGAUUACCAACAGAUUUAUGUUUAGUUUGAUAGCUUUUUUCUGGUUAUUUGCUAUAGUUGCUGUCCUCACAGCAGUUGGUCUUCUCACACGACUCUCCUUCUGUAAUUCAGUGGUGAUUAACAGCUAUUUCUGUGAUCAUGGUCAGAUAUUCAGGCUUGCAUGCAAUGACAUGUUUCCCAGUUAUGUCAUUAGUUAUGUGUUACCAUGCCUUAUUCUAUGGGUUCCUCUUUUACUCAUUUUAUGUAGUUAUCUUUGUAUCGGCAAUGCUUUGGCUAAAGUAGCAUCAGGUAAAGAAAGAGCAAAGGCACUGAAAACCUGCACAGCUCAUAUUUCAUUAGUGAUUAUGUAUUUUGUCCCUUUUUUAACCACAUAUACUAUUGGUGCACAAAUACAUCCCAAUGCCAGGAUCAUAAACAUGUCACUUGCUUCGGUUUUACCUCCCAUGUUAAAUCCAAUCAUUUAUGUUUUACAAACGCAAGAAAUCAAAAAUUCAAUCAAGAACAUAAUAGAAAUUAGAAGGCAGUUUAGAAUCAUGGUGAACUGAGAUCCGGUUUAGUUCAAAAGCAAACAGAAAAUAAAUAAAUGUUUUGAAGCAACUGUGUGCGACAGUGUGGAGAUGCUUUGUUUACUAAGAUGUCAGAAAAAUGUUAUGUUUAAGAAAACUCAGAAGUGACAAAUUGUUUUUUUUAUCUAGAUGAAAUAUAUUUUAACUUAAAUAAAUGUAUGUAUGUGUAUUGAAAUGGAGCUGUGAAAUUUUAUGAACCUUUUCAAGUUUUUGGCAACAUUAUUCCUAGUGGGUUUUGGUAACAUCUUUUUGAACAUCUGACCUUAUUUUAUUGAUGUUGUUACAGCUUUGAUUCAAAUAACCAGAUUUCAAGGAAGACCUGUAAGGUCUUUAAAUCUAUUUGUAAAGCUGAUUGACGCAAUUUAAGUCACUGACAGAAGUGAAGUUUCCACACAACCAGGGCCACUCAUUUCUCCGACUACCACCAGCAGGCUAGAAGGU